ACCAUCGCCAAGCGAACCGCUUGGAUUUCGUCACUGCUACGAUUACAAUCCAGGGUCUUGUCAAGCCAACCAUCUCUUAUUUGGGGGUGAACUUAUUUUAAUACCACGUAGUAAUUAUUCUACUACCUAGCUAGCCAUGUCAUUAGUAUCCGUGAUAACCCGGCUACCCAGGUCGGCGACUUCUAGAGCCUUAACUUUCCGCUAUCGAUAUAUUCUUCGCACAAUGUCAUCCAGUUUUCCUCCUGUGGAGAACGGAGAUUUCAAUUCUCUGCCGAAGAAAGUGCAGGACUUCGUGACGGAAAAUGUGGAGCUUUGUCAACCAGACAAAAUCCAUAUCUGCGACGGAUCGCCAGAGGAGAAUCAAAGCCUUGUGGAUUUCCUCGUGAAAAAAGGGACUUGUUUCAAGCUAACAAAGCGCGAAAAUAGCUACGUCGUCCGUACGGAUCCCGGCGAUGUUGCCCGUGUCGAGUCCAAGACCUUUAUUUGCACCGAAAAUGAACGUGAUGCUGUCCCUGAUUUCAAAAAAGGGAAGGACGGGGUUGUUGGUCAACUGGGACGCUGGUUAUCAGUGGAAAAAGCAAACCAAGCUCUUGGAGAACGGUUUCCUGGCUGCAUGAAAGGUCGCACCAUGUAUGUCCUACCAUUCAGCAUGGGCCCUGUAGGAUCUCCCAUCGCCAAGAUCGGCAUCCAGCUGACAGAUUCUGAGUACGUGGUGUGCUGUAUGCGGAUCAUGACCCGCAUGGGUAGCCAUGUUCUCAAGGCUCUGGACCAAGGUGACUUUGUGAAAUGUCUUCACUCUGUGGGUAAGCCCCUUAAGGAGGGGGAGAAGGAUGUCCUUUGGCCAUGUGACCCAGAUAGAACAAUCAUCACUCACUUCCCUGCUGACAACUACAUCAAGUCCUUUGGCAGUGGCUACGGAGGCAACUCGUUGCUUGGCAAAAAGUGCUUUGCACUUAGGAUUGCAAGUAACAUUGCCUUGAAAGAAGGAUGGUUGGCAGAGCACAUGUUGAUUAUGGCCCUGACAAACCCAGAAGGCAAGAAGAAGUACAUUGCCGCUGCAUUUCCCAGUGCGUGCGGCAAGACCAAUUUGGCUAUGUUGAAACCAACAAUCCCUGGCUGGAAGGUGGAUUGCGUCGGUGACGACAUUGCCUGGAUGUGGUUCGAUAAGACCGGGCAGCUACGUGCCAUCAACCCGGAGAGUGGUUUCUUUGGGGUUGCCCCCGGUACCUCGAUGAAGACCAACCCUGAGGCUUUGAAGACGUGUUUGAAGGACACCAUCUUCACCAAUACUGCAAUGACGAGUGAUGGGGACUUCUGGUGGGAAGGUCUUCCAGAUCCACCCAAAGGCGUGUCCAUCACAUCCUGGCUAGGUGAAGAGAACUGGUCACCAGAAAGUGGCAGCAAAGCAGCCCACCCUAACUCUCGGUUCUGCACACCUAGUGCUAACUGUGAGAUCAUGGAUAAAGACUGGGAGAACCCUGAAGGUGUACCCAUCAGCGCCAUUCUGUUUGGUGGGCGUCGCCCUAGGGGUGUCCCACUGGUGUACAAGGCUUUUAACUGGCAGCAUGGUGUAUUUAUUGCAUCAUCCCUGUCAUCUGAAACCACUGCUGCUGCUGAAUUCAAGGGCAAGGCUAUCAUGAGAGAUCCCUUUGCAAUGAGACCCUUCUUUGGGUACAACUAUGGUCGCUAUCUCGAACAUUGGCUAAGCAUGGCUGAUAAGACUAAGCACCCUAAUUACAAGCUACCUGACAUCUUCCAUGUCAACUGGUUCCGAGUGAAUGAGAAAGGACACUUUCUUUGGCCAGGUUUUGGCGAAAACUGCCGUGUUCUGGAGUGGAUCUUCAGAUGCACAGAAGGUGAAGACAUUAGUAUGGAAUGCCCUGUUGGUCUUAUCCCCAAGCCUGGAACCCUCAACUUGGACGGCUUAGACAAAAUCAACUGGGAUGAGCUAUUUUCAGUCCCCAAAGAUUACUGGUUGCAAAUUGUGUGUGAAAAUCUGCAUCAAUACUACAAAGAUCAAGUUGGCAAGGAUCUACCCAAGGAGAUCACCAACGAGCUGAAGGCAUUGGAGGACCGUCUAAAGAAAGCCUAACUUUAGUUAUUGGAUGAAGAGAUUAGACAAUAAUACUAUGACUCUGUAGAAAAAUGAAGACAUUGCAAAAUCUUGAAACAUGGGUGCUGUAAAGCAUUUAAAAUGAAAAAGUAUAAGUUUGUCUUUGGCACAACAUAAAAUUAUGUUUGUCUGGAUUUGUCCUUGUAAGAGGCAUAAGGCAUGCCGCAAUAGAAUACUUAGUUCAGGUCUAUGGUAAAUAAUAUAAACUAAAUUUAUACUGGAAGCCCAACAUAAAAAAGUAAAGUAUAUGGCCACUUGAGCUAGGUAUUUAUUUUGGUAAUUCAGUGUAGUUUUAAAUUAGAGCUUGUAUAGUUAACAAAUACCAAUUCUCAGCUAGAAUUAGGACUGAUAGGAGCUUUAUCACUUGAAAUACUGUCUAUGGAUAAUUCAGUUUACUCUCUCUUCGCAACUAACGCAUGAAAGCACAAAUUAUUUCUUCUAAUUAAUAAAACAGUUUGCAACUAUUUAUAAUCAAUUAGUUGUAUAGAAGACUCUGUAAAUAGUUGGAGUUUGUUUCAGUAAACUUUGUACUUUGAAGGUCUCUUGGUAAUGCCAUGAUGGACCUGGGAAUGCUUUGUACUUUGAAGGUCUCUUGGUAAUGCCAUGAUGGACCUGGGAAUGCUUUGUACUUUGAAGGUCUCUUGGUAAUGCCAUGAUGGACCUGGGAAUGCUUACAGUACUGUAGGGUAUUUAGAGUAACUAAUAAUUGUAUUAUGAAGUAUCUAGAUAUUAUUUGUAAUUAACAAUUGGAUCUCAGUUAAGGCAAAAAAAAUAGCUAUUUUACCAAGGAACAAAAUUUAAAACAUAUAAUCUUCUAAAAUAUGACACUAAAUGUAUCAACCGACAAAAA